UAUCUGGUCAAAAUAAAAUAAAAUAUAUAGAUAAAUUAUUUAUUUUAUUUUAUAUUUGAAUUUAUUUCGUCUCUUUUUUUAAGAGUUUAAUUUAUUUAGUUAAAAAGUGAUUAUUGGUGCAUAUAUCGAUCUCAUUUUUGUGUAACCUUUUUCAAACCUCGGAUUCAAUCCAAGUUUUCCGUUUGUUGUUUUUUUCUUUGUCUCUGGUACAACCAGCGUCAGCCAUGGCCGAUAAAGUUCCUCCUUCAUUCGAUCGCAAGAAUGCUGGAUCACAAGGUUUCAACCCAGGUUUAAUAGUUCUGCUAGUUGUUGGUGGGUUGCUUUUGACAUUCCUCAUUGGAAAUUAUGUGCUCUACAUGUAUGCACAGAAGACCAUUGCUCCUAGAAAAAAGAAGCCAAUCUCAAAAAAGAAGAUGAAAAAGGAGAGACUCAGGCAAGGUGUCUCUGCACCUGGAGAGUAGAGAACUCUGUACUCAAAUGUUUUAUGGAAUAUGGAUUACUUGUACUUUUGUAAAAGAAAUCUCGUUUUGUGUUGUCUUAAGUUAAUUUUCAUGUUCAUGUGUGUUACGGACAGAAAGCAUAGCCACGUUAUUUAGUACUUUAGCAAUAUAUUUGGUGGUUUAAUUAAUCAUUUUUCUUGGACCCC